UUAUCAGAACCAAAGAUGGAGUGCGUCUGAAUCUUAUUUUGCAGGAACUUGCGUCUUCUUUUCCCCCUUCCCUGCAAAGCCACAUGGCCCCAGCAGACCCAGUUCUCUCAUCAUGCCAAAGGGGGAGCUCCUUAAACACUCAUGUCGCUUACAAGUUCUCUCAAACCCUAAGUUCCAUAGAAUCAAUAGAUUUAAGGGACUCGUUUGUGUCUGAAUGUUUGGAGAUGUCAUUACAAUUCUUACAAAAACUGAAAGUGAAAUGAGGAAGACCGAUUGAGCAAUCGGCUGGAAGUGCGGAUGCCAGGAAGACCUAUUGCACGUAGGGGCAGAGAUGCAGCCCUGUGGGGAGAAGAAAAUUCAGGAGAAUUCUCCUGAGGGCAAGCGCCAAGCUGGCCGCUGUAGUCAAUGUAGGACAUCAACAAACACAGAUAACAGGAAAUGACCCGUUCCCCGUGGUCACUUAUUCUGAAGACCCAAACCUUCAAAGUCCAAGGAGUGAAAUGAAUGACUCCACAGAAGGGAAGCCGGCACGCCUCUCUCCUGGUCUGAAGAGAAGAGAAGAAAUGAAACUGAAGGAGUAUGUCUCCAUCCUCCCCCAGAAGGAAAGCCCCUCUGCCCGGUUCUCCAGAGAUGGCUCGCUGCUGGCCUUGACCUUGCUGCUGGCCCUGGUGUCCUGCUGCCUCACGGUGGUGUCCUUCUGCAGAGUGGCUGCCCUGCAAGCGGAGCUGAAGAGCCUCCGGGAGGAACUGCUGGAGCACCAAGCUGAGCAGCUGCCAGGCCCUCCCCGGGCGGGAGCAGCAGCCCCCAGGACAGCUGUGCAGGAAGCUCCAGCUGCCACCUCGGCACUGAAAGGGAUCUUUGCACCACCAGCUGCACAAGAAAGUAACUUCAGUCGGAGCAUCAGGAAGAAGCGUGCCAUUCAGGGUCCAGAAGAAUCAGUCAUUCAAGACUGCUUGCAACUGAUUGCAGACAGUGACAUGCCUACUAUACGAAAAGGAGAUUACACGUUUGUUCCCUGGCUUCUCAGCUUUAAAAGAGGAAGAGCCCUAGAAGAAAGAGAAAAUAAAAUAUUAGUUAAAGAAACCGGUUACUUUUUUAUAUAUGGUCAGGUUUUAUACACCGAUAGCACGUUUGCCAUGGGACAUCUAAUACAGAGGAAAAAAGUCCAUGUUUUUGGGGAUGAAUUGAGUCUGGUGACUUUGUUCAGAUGUAUUCAAAACAUGCCUGAAACACUACCCAAUAAUUCCUGUUAUUCAGCUGGCAUUGCAAAGCUGGAAGAAGGAGAUGAACUUCUACUUGCAAUACCACGUGGAGAUGCUAAAAUUUCACAGGAUGGAGAUGGCACUUUUUUUGGUGCAUUGAAACUUCUGUGACCUAUUUACACCUUGUUUGUGGCCAAUUUCCUCCCUUUCUAUGUAUCUCUAAGGAGAAAGCACUUAACUGGAAAUACCAAAA